GGAAGUGAGAAGACGAGGGCAGUGAUGUCGCACGCCUGCCCUUCCUGCCAAUACUUGACGUCCCGCGGUGAUCCGUAGAAGUGGGGGCGGGGCCUUGUAGGAGCUGUCAGUACCGCUGCACGGAAUGUAGAGAGUGAUAGUUGAGGAUCCGCCCCUCUCAGACAAAGCCCCGGACAACGGGCAGUCGUUCCGCCAUUGGAUGCCGGUGAUGGCAGGAAUUUCUUUUGAGAGGAGCGAAUGAUGUCCAGCUAGCAUUAUGCAAAUAGUGACCCAGAGAAAGGUACUCUUGAAGGCUGUCCAUACAAAACUUGUCCGUCUGGAUGUUCAGGGUGGCAGACCGAUCCCUUUGACCCCUGAAGCUUCAUCUCCCUAACCCAGGUGCAGUGUUCAUCCCUUCAGCCGGGCUCAGCUGAGGCUAUAGAUAGAAGUGGACAGUGUUCCAGCAAUGGGCAUUGGUCGGAACCCCUCAUCUAAGGCAAUGGAAUCCACAAACUCAACCGACGGGAAGUAUGAGGAGGAGACGAAGCAUACAACCUUUUUCACCAUGCCAGUGGUUAUAAAUGGAGGUGCCGCGUCCACUGUUGAUCAGGAUACGGAAGACACAGAAUUAAUGGCUAUUUAUACGACCGAAAGUGGUAUUGCAGAGAAGAGCUCGCUGGCAGAGACACUGGACAGCACAAGCAGCUUCGACCGGCAGCGGAUGGACAUGAUAUAUACUGUGGAGGAUGUACCCCCUUGGUAUCUCUGCAUCUUCCUGGGCUUGCAGCACUACCUGACAUGCUUCAGUGGGACAGUGGCUGUGCCGUUCCUCCUCGCAGAAGCCAUGUGCGUUGGCUUUGACCAAUGGGCAACCAGUCAACUCAUUGGGACCAUUUUCUUCUGUGUAGGAAUCACUACCUUACUUCAGACAACUUUUGGGUGCCGGUUACCCUUGUUCCAGGCAAGUGCUUUUGCUUUCCUUGCUCCAGCUCGUGCCAUCCUAUCCCUUGAGAAGUGGAAAUGUAAUGCUACAGAUAUAUCUAUUUCUAACGGAACAGAGCUGCUUCACACAGAACACAUAUGGUACCCGAGGAUACGAGAGAUCCAAGGAGCCAUCAUCAUGUCCUCACUUAUAGAAGUGGUCAUUGGAUUUCUGGGCCUACCUGGAGCGCUGCUGAGAUAUAUUGGACCACUGACGAUCACCCCCACGGUGUCUCUUAUCGGUCUGUCUGGUUUUCAGGCUGCUGGGGAAAGAGCGGGCAAACACUGGGGUAUCGCUAUGCUCACCAUUUUUCUGGUCCUGCUUUUCUCCCAGUAUGCCAGGAAUGUCAAACUACCACUUCCCGUCUACAAGUCCAAGAAAGGAUGGACAGCAUACAAGUUUCAGCUCUUUAAAAUGUUCCCGAUUAUUAUGGCAAUCCUUGUGUCCUGGUUGCUGUGCUUUAUCUUUACCGUGACGGAUGUUUUUCCACCAGAUAAUACCAAAUAUGGGUUUUAUGCCCGUACUGAUGCCAGGCAAGGAGUUCUGACUGUAGCUCCUUGGUUUAAAGUUCCCUACCCAUUUCAGUGGGGUCUGCCCACUGUGUCUGCUGCUGGGGUCAUCGGAAUGCUAAGUGCUGUAGUUGCGAGCAUCAUUGAGUCUAUUGGAGAUUACUAUGCUUGUGCCCGCCUUUCGUGUGCCCCACCUCCUCCUAUUCAUGCCAUUAAUAGGGGGAUAUUCAUUGAAGGCCUCUCUUGUGUCCUGGAUGGGGUGUUUGGCACUGGCAAUGGAUCCACAUCAUCUAGCCCUAAUAUAGGCGUUUUGGGGAUAACCAAGGUUGCCAGUCGCAGGGUCAUCCAGUAUGGUGCCGCCUUCAUGCUGCUGUUGGGCAUGAUUGGGAAGUUCAGUGCCCUGUUUGCCUCUCUGCCGGAUCCUGUCCUUGGAGCUCUGUUUUGUACCUUGUUUGGUAUGAUCACUGCAGUGGGCCUUUCCAAUCUUCAGUUUGUGGAUCUGAACUCUUCCCGGAAUCUCUUUGUCCUCGGUUUUUCAAUAUUUUUUGGGUUGAUGCUACCAAGUUAUUUGAAGCAGAACCCAUUGGUCACAGGCAUUGCAGAGAUUGAUCAAGUAUUAAAUGUCCUGCUUACAACAGCCAUGUUUGUUGGAGGUUGCACAGCUUUCAUUUUAGACAACACUAUUCCUGGUACACCAGAAGAAAGGGGUAUCAAGAAGUGGAAGCGUGGGUUGGGUAAAGGAGGAGCUGCUGAAGGAAUGGAGUCAUAUGAUUUUCCUAUUGGUAUGAACUUUCUGCGCAAAUACAAGUGUUUCAGUUACCUUCCUAUUAGUCCCACAUUUGCGGGAUAUCAUUGGAAGGCGCUACGGAAGAAAAGCAAAUGUCGGCAAGGAGAGGAGGAUUCUGAGCCUACAGUAUAGCACCAGCCUUGCUAUUGAAACUCCCGUCUUGUAAUACGUCUUUGAUAACUCUUGCCAGGUUUUCUCAGCCUCGAAUCAGACGUUUUGUUAAGUAUUUUCUGUAGAUUUACAUAGAAUGUUUCCAGGGCUGAGACACAGGAUGUACUGUGGGUUUAUUCACUCACCCUUGUCACUUCCUUGUUAAUAUUGUGCCUCUAAUGCAGUGUUGCCCCUUCCCCACCUUCCUUUUACUACUGCUACUCCUACAAGCAAUAUGUGUCCUGCCUGAUUCCCAUUAUCCGCUCUGUCACAACCUCUUGCUCUUGGAAACUGCAUGGCUGGCUCUUCCCAAACAGUAGCAAUGGACUCAGCACUGACUGAUUAAACGGGUACAGUGCCUACUAGCAGGCACAUUCUGGUUGUCACCCUCUGUCUCAGCUCUGCAGUACGUGAUUCUUUUGGCCCUUGGUUUCCACCAAUCCUCUUGAGAGUUCAAGUGUACAGUGUUGUCUUUGUAGCCCAUCGGCUUUUCUCCUGUUCUUUCCAUCCUUUAGUUGCACAAGGAGAUUGAAAGCUGGAGGAGAGGGGGACUGGUUUGUUUUCCUUCUAAGUGUGGAGGCCAGUAUAUCCACUAGGUGGUGCUCACUUCUGACCAUCAGCCAUAACGAUGGAGAUGAAUGCUGAAGUACAUGUACAUUUAUUUAUGUUGUUGUUUGCACAGCCAUUAUCCCUAACAUAAGAUUUUUAAUGGUUUACCGAUGCAACAGAUUCUUUACAUGUAAUAUUUAUUUUUUGUUUUCAUUGGUAUUUAUUGGAUGUCCCUUUUGCCUUAAUGAUGUUUUACUGAUGCAUGGCAUGGAUCAUCAGCUUAGAAGACCAAUUUCUAUUCUCUUUUUUUUCUAGGCACACUUACAAUCUAUAGAUAUUAUAUUUAACACACAUCUCUGGCAACUAAGAGGCCUCAGGUCAAACUGUACAAUAGUCACAAGAAAAAAAAUAUUUGUGUCCUGUACAGACUGAAGGUAGAAUGUGCAAGGUACUAGUGGUCUACUCUCUGUGGAGGCAGCCAUUUUGUUUCAUAAACCAGUACUCAACCCAGUACUUCACUAGAAGCCAGUGUCAAUAACAACAUAGAACCUGGGCUCCGUCAAGUAAAUUGAGCUAGCACCACUAUUUAUGUCCAUGGAUGCCAAAUUAUAUCAGUCCUUUUAUAAAUUUCCUUACCUUGCUUCCAGUCCUCUAACUGUCAAAUGCACAUAUAAGAGUUUAAAGUGGUUCUAAAGCUUAGACAUAUUUUUCCCUUAAAGCCAAGCUCCACCCAAAAGGGGAAGUUCCACUUUAAGUACUUCCCACCCCAUCCCCUGCCACUUUUGGCAUUUUAUUUUUUUGGGGGGGGGGGGGGCGGAUGCCUAGUUUUGACA